CCGCAUUCAACUCAACUCUGAAUCUCAGUCAUAUACCCUGGUAGACUUUCAGCUCGUAAUUCAUGCUUCCCACCCAUAUCAUGCGCACUCGCAACGACCACUUUGCUCUUCUACUGUCACGCAAUGCAAAGAGAGGACAUCCUAGCGUCAUCGGACAACGUACUUGAGAUGCCCAUUUGCUUGUAGUAUGAUUGGCUCCUUUCUGUGCUGCAGACUGUCCCCGUAAGGUCUCGUGAGACCGAAUACCCUUGAGGAUUCGACAUUACCACAGAACGCCUACAUACAUGUCGAAGACCUGUCGUUCCCUGGUGACUCUACCAGACGAACUUCUUGCAGAAGUUGUGCAUCACUGCUCAGCCGAGGAUGUUCUGUGCCUAGAGAUGACAUGCAAGCAACUCAGCCGUAUGUGCAACACUCGCUUAGUAUGGUUGAGGCUUCUCCAUAAUCUUGAUGUUACGUGUUCGCCGAAUCUUCCUCUUUACCAGUCCUGCAGGGACCUAACAGUCAACAGUCUUAAGACGAUCGUGACUGAUGCUGUUAAAUGCUUUCAUUCCUGGAAGAAGGCUGGGAAUCUCCGCGUCUUUCACUGUUUGUCGUUACAAGUCGAGUCCCCACAGAACGGCUCUCAGAUACCGAUGAUGGCGCGGCUACUUCCGGGUGGAAGACAACUUCUAAUCCUCAACUCCGGUCGGCUUGAGUUGUGGUCACUGAAGACGGUCUCGUGCGUCUGGCAGGCUCCUGAAUUCCACGGUGGAUAUCAGUGCUCGUCCUUUGACUUCCAUAUGUUAGAAGCGGGAUCGGAUAUGUACAUCGUUGGUGACUUUAUAAUUCCCGAAGACGAGACUACGUAUCUGCGCGUCUUUCGAUAUCGGAUGGAGGAGGGCACAGCAGAUGUUGUGUAUGAAAUAGGUUUGCCAUAUACAAAUAUUUUUCGUCUUUCAAUACAAGAUGACUUCUGUCUGGCUUUCCUUCCGCAUCACUUUCAAACUGUUAUCGUGAACUGGAGGACGAAGAGAGGCGUGUUUCUGACCUUUGUAGACUCGUCUGGAGCUAACAUUAAUGAGGACGUACGUUCUCCACAUAUUCACUCAAGGUACCUGCUGGUUACCGCAAAACUACGAAAUGAUUUUUCCGUGGUCGCUCUCCCAUUAUCAAUUCUUGAUGUGCAAUGGUCAUCGGCCUCCGAUUACCGAAUUUGGAACACUUUCGUUUAUAACCUAGAAAGAGGUUCUGUCCUUACAUUAUCUCCUGUGAGCAACGAUGGACCAUGGAUGCUCACGACGCACCUCUUCACUCCAACAUGGAUAGAGAAUGCCCCAACAGAAAUAUACAUUGUCGGUUACGGUAAUUUAUGGGAGAUGCCGAAGGUAUUUCUCUCAUUCAGAGUCCAACUCACCUCAUCCUCCGAAGGAGAUGAUAUGCCAGCGGAUACUCUGCGACCCGUCCUUAAAAGCGUGACACGCUCUUCCGCACAUCGUUUACCAUGGGAUUCGCAUUGCGUCUCAAAUUCAGGGCAUGUCGUGUGCUUCCGAAGAAAUCUUCGUUGUUUCUCGCUGUUCUCCGAGGAGGAACAACCCAUGGCCGAGCUGGAAUUAGAUAUGCACGAAGCUAGCCAGGACGAACCGGUCGUCACCGUUGAACCUUGGAGUGGGGCGCUUGUUGCCAGUACAGGGAAUAUUGUUCAAAUAGUUCACUUGAGGUAGAUGUUUUGCGAUCAGGGGCUCAUUUAUUUGUGCACCAUCCGACCAGGUCCCUGAACAUGGCUCUGCAAUUGAAAUGACCUGUGUGAAUAUAGCGGUGUUUGCUGGGCAUCUGAGUCGUAAUCAUUUGAAAUUUGAUGCAAUCAAAAC